CGUCAGUUUUUCAUCCUUUACUUUUGUUAAAUCAUAAGGAAUGGCCAGCAAGUUCUCAUAUGAUUACACACUGGUUGAUAACGAUUCUAGUCUCAAAGACGCCAUAUCCGAACUCAGACAGAAAAUAGUACAUAGCGCACUCUUAGCGGUUGAUUGCGAAGGUGUUGACCUCAGCAGAAAAGGAAGACUUACCAUAAUAACAGUUGCCAUUGAAAAGAAAGUCUAUAUAUUUGAUGUUUUGGAACUGGGAAAACGCGCCAUAGUCCGAAGUGGACUUCGUGAAAUCCUGGACAACAAGUCGUGUACUAAGCUAAUGUUUGAUUGUCGGCAAGAUUCAGAUGCGCUCUGGCAUCAGUUAAAUGUCAGGCUAACGGGAGUGUUGGAUCUUCAGUUGCUUGAAAUCCUUUACCGCCGUGAAAAUGACUCAUCUAACAGUCGUGAACUGUCCCGCACUAAACAUAAAACGGCUCGAAGCCAGAGAACAGAUGAAGUUGAAAGCAUUUAUGGUUUUCGUCGCUGCCUCGAACUGUAUCUUGAGGAUGAAGAUUUGGUUAAGAUGAAGGAUGAAGGAAGUAAAUUGUUAAAGAUGGACAUUGAAGUGUGGGAGAAAAGGCCUUUACCUGAUGAGUUAAUACAGUACUGCGUCGUAGAUACAAUGGCGAUGUUCAAAUUGCACGAGAAGAUGAAAGAUGUAGAAGAAAGGGAGAGGGCUCGUUUACAAGUUGCCUCCGAGAAGUAUGUUGAUCUGUAUCGAAGCAAAACACAAAGAUCGUUCAACAACUUUGAAACCAACGCAUUGCUUCCCCUAGACAUCAUCCCGGACGAAGGAACUCUUUCUUUUCCGCCUGCUGAUACUAAAUGUACUCGUUGCAAAAGAUUAUUUCCACGAGAAGAAUUCACCAAAACACAGCUAAAGAAUAACGAGCAGAAGUGCAGGGUAUGCAAGGAAAUAAAACGCCGAGAAGAUGUACGAAAAAACAGAGAAGCGAACAGCCGAGAUGACUUUCUUUAUGUUGUGUAGUUAUAUUAUUGUUAUAUCCAGGUUCUUGUACAUCCCAGUGAAAAGGUAGGUUAAGUUUAUAAUCAUAUUAAUUAUUAUAAGGAAGAACUGACUUUAACUAUAAUUAACACUUAAAUGAUAAUAUUGAACGACAGAAUCGAAUAAUAGAAGUUAUCUUUUAAAAUGAAUGUUCUCAUCGGUAGCAUUUUUUAAAACCGCUUUUCACAAGAAGUCGAUCAAGGGCUUGCUUAAAGACACGAGCUCGAUAUGUUUUGUAGUUCUUUUCUAAAGAAAAGAAGAAUUGAUUACGCUCUUAGCUAGGAAAGCGUCCGUAGAAUUGUGGUUUUUAUAUGAGAUCGCACAUUUCCGAAUGUACGCGAAUAAUUUCUAUAAAUGUUAGCGUGCGUCUUUUAGUUACAUGAAUCAGAAUCUCUAUAAAUCGUAAUGACUGCCUCUGAAGGCAGGUGACUUGCGUGCGUAGUCCAAAUAUUUAGAAAAUACUUUAUAGUCCUGUAUAUAGCUCGGAAAAAUUCGAUUUAUGUUGUAUAUGAUAUAUACGU